AUUUUCGCCACUGCAGCAGUUAUUUGACGCACUUCGCGCUUCUUUCUUACUUUUUUUUUUUUUUUUUAACCUUUUUUGUUUUAGUUGCCAUUUUUAGAUCAUGCGGCUCCUUUCCGUACAUCCAUCGCAAAACACGUUUUGUUCCGAGCUUGUUUUCUCUAACGGGAUCCUACUGGUGAUUGUUUGUUUGCUGCUUAGGAUGAAUAUGGAUUAAAUUAAAAAACAAACAAACAAAACAAAAACAAAAAACCGUAUAAAUGCACCUGCCGUCGGAGAGAUACCCUGCGUUUGAAAUCGAAGAGGUGUGUGUGCCCUGGGUGCAGCCUGGCCUUUGCUGCGGUGGCGAUGAAGAACCCAGGCGCCGCCGAGAGCCGUCGGCUGGUCGGCCUGCUGGAGGGCGCUCUGGUCAGGGAGGCUCGCCACUGGAAGGUACCGGUCUUCAAGAAUGGAGGCAUCCAGGGCGCUGACAUCUCUUCAUCCCAACACCAAGAAAUGAUCCUUUGGCUCGGGGAAAUGAGCAGGCUGUUCCAGUUCUGUCCGGAGACCUUUGCAUUGGGAGUCUGUGUCCUCAACCGACUGCUGUCCACUGUCAAGGCCCAACCAAAGUACAUGAAAUGCAUUGCUUUUACCUCGCUGGUCCUAGCUGCCAAAAUCAAUGAGGAAGAUGAGGUAAUAGGUUCUGUUAGAGACCUGGUUGUGCAGAGCGGAUGCAACUUUUCAACAGCGGAGAUUCUUCGCAUGGAGAGGAUCAUUCUAGACAAGCUGCACUGGGACUUGUACACCGCAACACCAGUCGACUUCAUUCACAUAUUCCACGCCCUGCUCGUCUCCGGCCAUCCCCACCUCAUUCCGUCCAUCGGGCCGGGCUCCGGCGUCGGCUGGGACCCGGCAACAGACCCCGGCGCGCUUCCCGCGGGGCCGGGGCGUCAGAAGAGGCCUCCGGGCCUCCAGGCGGCGCUGUGGACCAGGCAGGUGCAGCACUGUAUGGCCUGCCACCAGCUUUGGCAGUUCAAGGGCUCCACAUUAGCCUUGGCCAUCAUCACUUUGGAGCUGGAGGCGCUCACGCCCGACUGGUUCUCCGUCUUCACCGACCUGCUGAAGAAAGCACAAGUUGACAGUGUCGAGUUCAUCCACUGCAAAGAGAUGGUGGACGAGUACCUACACAGCCUGGAGUUCUCCCUGCCGGCCAACGCCGUCUACAUCUUCGACAGCGCCCAGAUCCAGGAGGAGGAGCGAGCCUGGAGCCCCACGCAGCACCUCAGGCAGGCCAGGAGGGGGCGGGGCGGCGGAGAGCAGGGCGACUCGGACGAGUAUUACGACGGUUUUCGGUGUUUGUAUAGCGAGGAGAGGAGCCCGGGGGCGGAGGGAAGCGAUGGCGAGGGUUUGUUUGGUUCCCAGCAGAAAGACAUCUCCCCCUGCCCGCCACUACACCCUGCUGUCAACUAGCAGGACGUUUAUUCACACCAUCCAUCUCCUUACAAGUGCACAGUGCCCCCAAUCCGCAUUAAGGAUGUUAUCAAGUCAACUCAGCACAUUUCAGAGCCUCAAUCAUACGUUUCAGGGGGUACUAAGGUGAUAGACUCAUGUCGCUCACCUGUCGUAAUAUUUAUGAAGUGAUUUAAAGGAAGAUUUGAGAUAAUAAAGGUAGAAAUGGUUUAGAAUGGUUUGGCUAAAAUCAAAUCACUGUUUUUAGUCCCUUUUUGUGCACUCGUCACCAAAUGUGAAUCUGGAGGUGUGUAUGGAUCAGUGUACGAGUUCACCUUAGUCUGAUGCCAAGACUUGUUCUCUGUAUUGACAGCUGUGCAGUUGAGUUAUCGGUCCAUUUCGGUUCUCUACCUAUUACUAAUUUUU